AUGUCCCUCCCACUUGCUUUUUUUGUGGCUGGUCUUGUCUUGUUAUUCGUGUCGUCCAGACAGCGACAAAGGUCCUAUCCACUACCCCCAGGACCCAGACGACUUCCCCUCGUUGGAAGCAUCCUCGAUGUUCCAAAAGAGAACGCUCAUCUAGUCCUCCAACGAUGGAGUCGUGCGUAUGGUUCGGAUGUGCUGUAUUUCGAAAUAUUGGGGACCCACUAUGUGGUGCUUAAUUCCUGCAAAGCGACCGUGGAUUUGUUCGAGCGACGGUCGAAUGUCUACUCCGACAAGAUCAUGGAGGCUCAAACGGACUUGUCCAGAACGGGUUGGGGACGGAACUGGGGCAUGAUGAAAUAUGGCAAUUAUUGGAGAGAACAUCGCAAGAUGUUCCACCAGCACUUCCGCGAACGUGCCGUACCUGCCUAUCGACCGCGAUCAACACGAGCGGUGCGUCAGAUGCUUCGUUCGCUGUGCGAGACGCCAGAGCGAUUCAAGGAACAUAUCAGCUUCUUGACUGCGUGCAACGUCCUGGGGACUAUGUAUGGUAUAGACGUUAAGCCGGAAGGCGAUCCCAUUCUAGGGCUCAUAGAGGAUGCCCUCAGAAUCUUUUCAGCCGUCGCAAAUCCCGGGGUGUACCUUGGUGCCUUAGUGAGGUUCUUGCCUGCAUGGUUUCCGAGUGCCAAAUUCAAGCGUGACGCUGCGGCUUGGAGCCCCAUGGUAGAAGAAAUGUACUUGCGCCCCUAUAGAGAGGUUAAAGCUGCUUUCGAGGCCGGCACUGCGCCACCUUGCGUAACGACUGAGAUACUUGCGGAGCUGUGUAAAGAUAGAACGGCACCUAUCGAUCCUAUACUCGAGGAGGUCGUUAUCAACACCGUGGGGACUGGGUACGGCGCCGCAGUGGACACUACAAGCGCAGCCUUGGAAUCAUUCAUUCUAGCCAUGAUGCUCUUCCCAGAAGCGCAGCGGCUGGCUCAAGAAGAACUGGACCAUGUCCUAGGCAAUGAUCGUUUGCCAGAGUUUGAUGAUAGAGACUCUCUCCCAUAUGUUACCGCUAUAAUGAAAGAAGUGCUCAGAUGGAGGCCUCCUGGGCCACUAGGGGUUCCACACAAAUCAACCAGAGCCGAUGAGUAUGCAGGUUAUUAUAUCCCUGCUGGGUCUGUCAUCAUCGGAAACAUAUGGGCUAUUCUUCACGACGAGGAACGUUAUCCCGAUGCAGAGAGCUUCAAGCCAGCACGAUUUCUCGACAGCAACGGCCAGCUGUGCGAAGAUGUCCCCGACGCCAUGGAAGUUUUCGGUUUUGGACGCAGGUUGUGCCCUGGACGCUACUUCGUCCUGGACACUAUUUGGUUGUCCAUUGCAAGCGUUCUCACGUCCUUCAACAUUGAGAGACCUGUCGACGAGUCAGGAAACGUGAUAGAACCCACUGCGGAAUAUACGUCAGGACUUAUCAGUCACCCGCUUCCUUUCAAAGUAGCGUUCAAGAGGAGGGGCUGCGCCCUGCUCGAUAUGUAG